GGUACAGGGUCCAGCAACUUCACUGCAAGCAAUUAAUGGAGUGAUGAUGAGUCAGCUAAAUUAAAUACGUCUACCCUGCAUCAAUUAAACAACUCCACCUCAGAUCACAUCUCUGCGUUACUUAAAUCUCUUCUUUCUUUGCUGAUAGAUACAAAGUUCUCAAGUAGACUACUGCUCGAUCAUCGAAGAGAUGGGUGAGGAGAAGAGAGAAGAGAGCAAAGGCAAUCAAGAUGAAACGAACAAGGAAGAAGAGCCUGCACAGAUUGUACUCAAAGUUGACAUGCACUGUGAAGCUUGUGCCAGAAAGGUUGCAAGAGCCCUCAAAGGAUUUCAAGUGUUUGAUAACAGGAGUGGAGGACGUAGCCACAGAUAGCAAGGCAAAUAAAGUAGUGGUGAAGGGAAAGACUGUAGACCCCAUCAAGGUUUGUGAAAGGCUACGAAAGAAGAGUGGAAGAAAAGUGGAAUUAAUUUCACCUUUGCCUAAACCACCAUCGCAAGAGGAGAAGAAGGAAGAAAACAAAGAGCUCAAAGAAGAAAAAAAGGAAGAGCCUCCAACGGCGAUAACAGUAGUAUUGAAGGUUUAUAUGCACUGUGAAGCGUGUGCUCAAGUUUUGCGGAAGCGAAUCCGAAAGAUCCCAGGAGUAGAGACGGUGGAUACUGAUGUGAGAAAUCAUCAAGUAAUAGUAAAAGGGGUUGUAGAUCCCGCAAACCUGGUAGAUUAUGUAUACAAAAGAACCAGAAAGCAAGUAUCCAUAGUGAAGGACGAAGAAAACAAGGAAGAAGAGAAGAAAGAAGCAGAGAAGAAACAAGAUGCAGGAGAGAAGAAAGAAGAAGAUCAAGGCAAAGGAGAUGGAGAUGAUGAUAAGAAGAUGGACGAUAUCAAAAGAAGUGAAUAUUACUCAUCCAAGUACUACUCCGAGUUUGCAUAUCCUCCUCAAUUUUUCAGCGACGAGAACCCAAAUGCUUGCUCUCUCAUGUAGGAUCCAUCUACGUACGUGACCACCAUUUUGUGAUACCCAUAUGCAAUUUUCCAACCUACUUGUUAUCUACUACUGUUGAUGACAAUGUAUGAUCCGUACAAUUUAAGUGAUCUUGAAUUAAUUGGCUUUCCUGAA